CACGCCCCGCGCUCCACGGCGCCCUCGCCCCGCGCGCCUCCCGUGCCCGCCUCCUGCCAGCCUCCGGGCCGCGGUCGUCUGCAGAGCGAGCGCCCAGACGGAGCCCCCGGGCAACUUGAGUGGCACCAAUCGGCGGCGGAGCCCCCGACAGAGCCCCCCGACCCGGCGGCGCGCAGAGAGGACCCGCGUCCGCCCGCCCCGCGUCGCCCCAGACCCUAAGCAGCGCCGCCCCAUCGGCGCGGAGCUCCGGCUGGAGGCAAGAGCCGCGCGCCGGGAGACACGCACCGUGCGCGGCAACGCCGCCAGCCUCUCUCCUCGCCGCCCCGGAGGGCGAAGCCGCUGCUCCCCUGCCCCUCGCUGCGCGGCGACAGCGCGGGAACGCGCCCCGCCUCGCCGCCGCCUUCGCUGUGUCGCACGCGGAGGGGGCCGCGAGCCCCGCGCCGGGUCCGGAGGAUGUGCGCCCCCGCGGGCCGCCCCGCCUGAGCCAUGCGCCCCAACGGCGGCGGCGCGCCGGCCGGCAUGGAGCCCCGCGCAGCCGCGCUCUGACUCGCUGUGCGCCCCGCGGCCGGCGGGCGGCGGGAGGCGGCGGACAGAGAGCCGGAGACCGGCGCCGCGGGACGGAAGCGAGCGGGCGCGGGCGCCGCGCAGAUGGCCCGGGCGAGCCUGGUCUGAGGCCCCGCUCGCCGAAACGUGACCAUGUGGAUUCAACAGCUUUUAGGACUCAGCUCCAUGUCCAUCCGCUGGCCGGGCCGCCCCCUCGGAAGCCAUGCCUGGAUACUGAUAGCCAUGUUUCAGCUCGCCGUGGACCUGCCCGCCUGCGAGGCCCUGGGCCCGGGCCCCGAGUUUUGGCUCCUGCCACGGUCGCCGCCCCGGCCGCCCCGGCUGUGGAGUUUUAGGAGUGGACAGCCAGCGCGGGUCCCGGCCCCUGUGUGGAGCCCCCGGCCGCCCCGCGUGGAGCGGACCCACGGACAGAUGCAGGUGUCCCGAGCCAGACGGGCUCACAGGCCUCGGGACCAGGCGACCGCCCUUGUGCCCAAGGCAGGACUGGCCAAACCCCCAGCUGCGGCCAAAUCCAGCCCUUCCCUUGCCUCGUCGUCCUCGUCCUCGUCGUCCGCGGUGGCCGGGGGGGCCCCGGAGCAGCAGGCUCUCCUGAGGCGGGGGAAGAGGCACCUGCAGGAGGACGGUCUUGGCAGCUUCGACUCCAGAGGCAGCCGGCCCACCACAGAGACUGAGUUCAUCGCCUGGGGGCCCACGGGGGACGAGGAGGGCCUGGAGUCCAACACACUUCCGGCCAUCUAUGGCCCCACCACGGUCUCCAUCCUACAGACGCGGAAGACAACGGUGGCCGCCACCACUGCCACCACCACGGCCACCCCCAUGACGCUGCAGACUAAGGGAUUCACCGAGUCCCUGGAUCCCCGGAGAAGGAUCCCAGGUGGGCUUAGCACAACAGAGCCUUCCACCAGUCCCAGCAACAGUGGGGAAGCCACCCAGCCCCCAAGGAUUCUGGGGGAGGCCUCAGGUCUGGCUGUCCAUCAGAUCAUCACCAUCACCGUCUCCCUCAUCAUGGUCAUAGCUGCUCUCAUCACAACUCUUGUCUUAAAAAAUUGCUGUGCCCAAAGCGGGAACACUCGUAGGAACAGCCACCAGCGGAAGACCGACCAGCAGGAAGAGAGCUGCCAGAACCUGACAGACUUCACCUCGGCCCGGGUGCCCAGCAGCCUGGACAUAUUCACAGCCUAUAACGAGACCCUGCAGUGUUCACACGAGUGCGUCCGGGCGUCUGUGCCCGUCUACACUGACGAGACGCUGCACUCGACGGCGGGGGAGUACAAAUCCACAUUUAAUGGAAACCGACCCUCCUCUUCUGAUCGGCAUCUUAUUCCUGUGGCCUUCGUGUCUGAGAAAUGGUUUGAAAUCUCCUGCUGACUGGCCGAAGUCUUUUUUACCUCCUGGGGGCAGGGCGGACGCCAUGUGACUGUUUCAUGGAUUCCGUUGGUGAACCUGUAAAAACAAAACAAACAAAACAAAACAAAAAAAGACAAAACCUAAAACUAAGCUUUCUAAGGCGGAGGGUCCCCGCACCUACCACUUCUGUUUGCCGGUGGGAAACUCACAGAGCAGGACGCUCUAGGCCAAAUCUAUUUUUGUAAAAGUGCUCAUGCCUAUGGGUGACUGCCUUCUCCCAGAGUUUUCUUUGGAGAACAGAAAGAAGCAAUGCAGGAAAGGAACCGGAGGCAGAGAGACGAGGACACCCAGCAAAAGGGCCGGGAGGAAGCAUCCGAAGCCUAGGAUUGGUCCUACGAUUCUGAACCUGUGCCAAUUAUACCAUUAUGUGCCAUGUACUGACCCGAAAGCCUCAGCCGAAGAGCCGGGGCCCAGCGAAUCACGCGGAGAAAUCUUACAGAAAACAGGGGUGGGAAUCUCUUCCGACAGAGUCGCUAUUUCUGGUUAAUAUACAUAUAUAAAUAUAUAAAUACAGACACACAACACACACUUUUUUUGUACUGUAGCAAUUUUUGAAGAUCUUAAAUGUUCUUUUUAAAAAAAUUGUGUUAUAGGUUACAAAAUCUGAUUUAUUUAACAUGCUUAGUAUGAACAGAAUAAACCAGUGUUUUCUACUUUGACAGCUCACGUCACACACAUAUUACAAACACGUGUGCACACACACAGUACACACACAUGCAUAUAUUCACAUCUAUUGGAAAUGCAGUUCCACAGGUGAGCAUAUUCUUUCUGGUGACCUGGUAUUCCAUCACCGUUCACCCAGGGAGGGGACAGCGUUGACCCAGACGAGGAGGCGCUUAGAUGACACCUCCUGCCUUUGCUAGACAUCCGGUGAGUGGCAUCAAAUGUGUGACUUACGAUCUUGGGCUAGAACGAAGAAUGCCAUGGUUUUAUAUAUGUAUAUAUAUAUAUGUUUGUGUAUAUAUAUAUAUAUACAUAUGCGUAAAUAUGAUUUUUUUCAUUUAAAUGUUGGAAGAUGCUACCUAACAGCCACGCGCACACUGACGUGGCUGGUUGCUUACAAACGGGCCUGAGGCUCGGGCUGGGUGGGUGGUGGAUUCUUGGAUGUGUGUGUCAAGCAUAGACUGGAUUAAAGACCUUUUCCAGUUCCAAAAAUUAAAGGAGUAUAUCCUUA